AUGAUUCCACCGAUACUCUCAACCAUUCUCCUCUUCGCUCUCGGCGCCCACGGUGCUCCAUCAGUAAAGCUUGGGAAAACGACUGUGGUCGGAACUACCCUGCCGACUUUUGGACAGGAGCUUUUCGCAGGCAUCCCGUAUGCUGAGCCGCCCAUCGGAGAGCUUCGGUUCAAACCUACGGUUCUGACGACAUCGUUGAAUGGCUCCUCGUUCAAUGCUACUCAAUUCGGGCCGGCAUGUCUCCAACCGCUGUUGGGAGGCACCGCACAUAGUGUUCCCGCCGACACCACAAUCUCGGAGGACUGUUUAACCAUCAACAUUGUUCGUCCUAUAGGUAUCAACUCGACCUCAAAACUCCCCGUGAUGUUCUGGACUUACGGUGGUGGCUUCUUCGUGGGGUCAUCUGAGGUUUAUAAUGCCAGCGCUCUCGUCGCCCAUAGUGUGGCCAGAGGGACUCCCGUCAUUCUUGUCAAUUUCAACUACCGGCUUGGUCCUCUGGGGUGGCCGCAAGGGUCAGAAGCUUCCAAUGAAGGGUCUUUGAACCUUGGGCUCAGAGACCAGGUGGCUGCUCUCGAAUGGGUCCAAAAGAACAUCGGCAAGUUUGGCGGUGACAAGCGCAAAGUCCUCGCGUUCGGAGAGAGCGCGGGAAGCAUGAUGACUUCGAUGCUGUUCUUGAGCCCACAAAUGGACAAACUGUUUCGGGCUGCGAUACUCGAAUCCGGAUCUCAAUCGUCAGCUGGGGGAACGUUCCAACCUGCUCACCGAGAGAAUACAUGGAGCCUCUUUGUUGGGGCCGUUCCUUCUUGCGCCUCUCUCGCCGGCACCAAUUCGACUUUCUCCUGUCUUCGAAACGCCACCACAGACGAAAUGUUCAAUGCUUUUCUGACAACUGUGUCUGGUGCGAUCGAGAACUUUCCCUUAGACUGGGACCCGGUGAUUGACGGUCCGGGUGGGCUGAUACCGGAACUUCCUUCGAGACUUCUCCUGAAAGAGAAAUUUGCCAAGAUUCCUUUUAUCGCCGGGACAAACUUGGAUGAAGGGACGUUUUUCACGCCGACACUGAUGAAUUCUUCCGCCGAAAUUAACGCUACCAUGAUCGCCGGGCGCUCUCCUGGCCCUUCCCCUGCAGAACUUCAAGCUUCGAUCUGCAGAAUUCUCGAACUCUAUCCAGACGAUCCUUCGCUCGGGUCGCCGUUCGGAACUGGAAACGAGACCUUUGGUUUGAGUAGUCAGUACAAGCGCUACGCAGCGAUCGAGGGAGAUGUGGAUUUCCACUCUCAGCGGCGGUUUUGGAUCAACGCAGCAGCCAACGCGAGUGUACCCACCUUUGGCUACCUGUUCACGCAGCCCCAGCCGCAACUCGCCCCUCAACUCGGCGUCGAACAUGGAUCUGAGAUCGAUUACAUCUUGGGGGGGCUGAAUGAUACUUCAGCCUCGUCCGUGUUGCUCAGUCAAAUCAUGAUGGACUAUUGGAUUUCUUUCGCCACGAGUCUGACACCGAACGAUGGGAUCGGCUCCGAGCGUCCGGAAUGGAAACAAUUCACCCCCGCAUCAAAGGUAGACCAUUGA